AUGGCCGAGCCAUUGCUCAGGAAGACUUUCUCCCGCCUGCGGGGCCGGGAGAAACUUCCCCGGAAAAAGUCAGACGCGAAGGAGAGGGGCCGCCCAGCCCAUCAUGUAGAGCCCAGCCCCCUGGAGCCAAAGCCCCAGGCUCCAGAAGGGUGUCCAGCGGGCGCAGAGGGGCCCCCCAGCCCCGAGGCCUCGCGGAGCCCCGCACGGGGGGCCUACCUGCAGAGCCUGGAGCCCAGCAGCCGGCGCUGGGUCCUGGGCGGGGCCAAGCCUCCGGAGGAGGUCGCGAUGGGGCUCGGGGCGCCCAGCAGCCGGGAGCCGGCCGGCGAGAUCUGGUACAACCCCAUUCCCGAAGAGGACCCCCGGCCGCCGGCUCCUGCGGGGCCGCAGCCAGGCGCCGGGGAGCAGGAGGGUGAACACCUGCCGCCGCCCCCCGCCAAGGCCUCGCGCACCAAGUCCCCGGGCCCGGCACGGCGCCUGUCCCUGAAGAUGAAGAAGCUGCCGGAGCUGCGCCGCCGCUUGAGCCUGCGAGGCCCCCGGGGCGGCCGCGAACGCGAUAGGGCUGCCCCUGCGGGCUCAGUCAUCAGCCGCUACCACCUGGACAGCAGCGUGGGGGCCCCCGGGCGCGCCGCAGGGGCUGGGGGUGCGAGGGGCCCCCGAGCCGGCUACCUGAGCGACGGCGACUCGCCCGAGAGAGCCACGAGGCCCCCAUCGCCCACCGCCUUCCGGCCCUAUGAGGCGGGCCCAGUGGCCCGCGCGCCCCCGCCCGCGCUCUGGGGCCGCCUGAGUCUGCACCUGUACGGGCUCGGGGGGCUGCGGCCGGCAUCUGGGGCGCCCCCUCGGGACCUCUGCUGCCUCUUGCAGGUGGACGGGGUGGCCCGGGCGCGCACGGGACCGCUGCGCGGCAGCCCGGACUUCCUUCGAUUAGACCACACCUUCCACUUGGAGCUCGAGGCCGCCCGGCUGCUGCGGGCCCUGGUGCUGGCCUGGGACCCCGGCGUCCGGCGGCACCGGCCCUGCGCCCAGGGGACCGUGCUGCUACCCAUGGUCUUCCGAGGGUGCCAGGCCCAGCAGCUGGCUGUGCGCCUGGAGCCCCAGGGGCUGCUGUAUGCAAAGCUGACCCUGUCGGACCAGCAGGAAGCCCCAGGCACAGCGGAGCCCCGGGUCUUCGGGCUGCCCCUGCCCCUGCUGGUGGAGCGGGAGCAGCCCCCUGGCCAGGUGCCUCUCAUCAUCCAGAAGUGUGUGGGGCAAAUUGAGCGCCGUGGUCUGCGGGUCGUGGGGCUGUACCGUCUGUGUGGCUCGGCAGCAGUGAAGAAGGAGCUACGGGAUGCCUUUGAGCGGGACAGUGCGGCUGUCUGUCUCUCCGAGGACCUGUACCCUGAUAUCAAUGUCAUCACUGGCAUCCUCAAGGAUUAUCUUCGGGAGUUGCCCACUCCACUCAUCACUCAGCCCCUCUAUGAGGUGGUGCUGGAGGCUAUGGCCCGGGGACCCCCAGGCCGGGCUCCCCCCAGCCCUGAGGGCACCAGAGGGCUCCUCAACUGCCUGCCAGAUGUGGAGAGGGCCACGCUGACGCUUCUCCUAGACCACCUGCGCCUGGUCUCCUCCUUCCACGCCCACAACCGCAUGAACCCGCAGAACCUGGCCGUUUGCUUUGGGCCUGUGCUGCUGCCGGCGCGCCAGGCACCCUCCCGGCCGCGCGUCCGCGGCUCCGGUCCCGGCCUUGCCAGCGCAGUAGACUUCAAGCGCCACAUCGAGGUGCUGCACUACCUGCUACAGUCCUGGCCAGACCCCCGGCGGCCCUCGGAGACUCCGGACCUAGCCCCGUACCUGCGACCCAAACGAAAGCCGCCGCUGCACUUGCCGCUGGCAGCCCCCGAAGUGGUGACCAGGCCUCGCGGUCGGGGAGGCCCCGAGAGUCCCCCGAGCAAUCGCUACGCCGGCGACUGGAGCAUCUGCGGGCGAGAUUUCCUGCCCUGUGGACGAGACUUCCUGGCCGGGCCGGACUACGACCACGUGACGGGCAGUGACAGCGACGACGAGGACGACGACGAGGCAGGCGUGCCGCGGGGCACCGCCGACUUUGAGGACGACUUUGAGGCGCCAUUCAACCCGCAUCUGAAUCUCAAAGACUUCGAUGCCCUUAUCCUGGACCUGGAGAGAGAACUCUCUAAGCAGAUCAAUGUAUGCCUCUGA